AUGAGUUCUAUCACUCAAAAAUUAGAGCAAAUUCUAGAUGAACAAUUGGAUACCAUUCCAAUUGAACAGAUAAAAGAACUUGUUAGUCUCAUUACUUUAGAUAACGAAGAAUGUGAACAAAAGUUUUCUGAAGAUAAAAUCUUAAAUGAAAGAUAUUUUUCUGAAAAUAAAGAACGAAUCUUUGUUUUAAAUAAUGAAGAACCAAGAAACUUUCCUAUAAAGAAAGAAGAACCCGAAACUGAAGAAAGCUCUUCAGAUAUGGAAAUGUCUCCAAGACAGAGAGCAAACAAUGCUUUUACUAGCAAAAGUAACAGGCAUAGAAAAAAGGAUACAGAAUUUUCCAUGCCAUACCAUAAGGGUAUACCUGAUUCUAAUAGUAAUGGUAGUGCAACUACUAUUAAUACUAUUAAAAUUGAUUGUAUCUUCAACCUCGACAAAAGAAAAGAGGUAAUUGAUAAAUGGAACACUGAGAUCAGUCUAAUCAUUCAUACUAAUUCAGAAGAGUUCUCUAAGGCUAAGGCUUUAUUAUUAUUAUUAGAACAUAAGUCUGCAGGAAUUGUACAAAACUUCAUCAAAGGAACAACUUGGGAUGAAAAUUUACAAGGUGAGGAUCUUUUUGAUCAAAUUAUAAAUGCAAUAUAUAUGAUGUUUUUAGGUCUCGACCUCAUAACAGAUAAAGACCGAGAAAAUCAAAAAAUGCUAGAAAAAGCAAGACAAAAUCUUGCUAAAGCACAACUUUGUGACAUAUGUCUUUUAGAUGAUUUCACUUGUCUUUAUGAAACAAAUUUAUAUAAAUUAGGCACAGGUGAAUUCCAUUCAUGGAUUGAGGCUUACCUAAUGAAAAUUCCCAUCGUAGGAGAAAAGGCGAAAGAACGAUGGAAUAAGGAAAAGAAUCAAUUUACAAUGCAUUCCCUUGGGUUUGCUACAAGAAUUGUUAAAGAAGAAAUUGCAUCCUAUUGUGAUCUUUCUAAUAAACAAAAACAGUUAAAACGUUUUAAUAAAGACUGUUGUAAAAAACUCGCUGAGUUACCACAAUUAUCUUUUGGUUGUGAACCAACAAAAGAUAAAGGUUAUUUCAAAAAGAAAUACAAAAAUAAAUAUAAAACAAAAACUAAAAAACGUUUUUGGAAAAGCAAGAAAAGAAAAUUUUCACCGGGAAAAUACUUUUCUAAAGAAAAACCUAAGGUCUGUCCUCAAGGUAAGAAAAAAUGUCGUUGUUGGAUAUGCUCCGAAGAAGGACAUUAUGCCAACGAAUGUCCCAACCGACAAAAAUUUCCGGAAAAGAUAAAAUUUAUCUUAGAAGCCGAAAUUGAGGGAUAUUUUCCUUCUGAAAAUAUUUUUGAUGGCUAUACGCAAGUAUAUGCAUUAGAAAUACGAGACAACUUGUCAUCCUCCGACUCUUCAACAGAAGACUCAGAAUGA